AUGACUCAUGACACUCACUCAAAACCAGAAAUUAGAGUGCUUGCCUCAGAAAAUGGUUUAGAUGAUCAACUAUUGCAUCAGGCAUUUUUAUCAUUUAGAAGACAUUGUUUAGAACAUGAUUUACCUCCAGAUUUGCACAUAACCAUUAGUGAUAUUUUACAUGGCGCUGGCCAUGUUGAUGAUUUAUUCCCAUAUUUUCUUCGGCAUGCCAGAUUGGCAUUCCCUCAUCUGGACUGUUUGGAUGAUUUAAAAAAAAUAUCUGAUCUAAGAACACCUGCCAACUGGUAUCCUCAAGCACGUAAUUUAAAUAGAAAAAUAAUAUUUCAUGCUGGUCCUACUAAUUCUGGCAAAACUUAUCAUGCAAUGGAGAGGUAUUUAAAAGCAAAAUCAGGUGUUUACUGUGGACCUUUAAAAUUGCUGGCAACAGAGAUAUAUCACAAGUCAAAUAGUAAAGGUACACCAUGUGAUCUCAUAACAGGUGAAGAGAGGCGGCAUGCAUCACAAUACCAAACCUUACUUGAAACAGUAGAAGUUGAAAAUAAUUCAGAGGGUGAAAAUUAUUUAUUAAGCGAACCAGAACUCACUCCAUCAAAUCAUGUUGCUUGUACGGUGGAGAUGACCUCAUUAAAUGAAACUUAUGAAGUUGCCAUCAUUGAUGAAAUACAGAUGAUUGGAGAUAGAGGGAGAGGUUGGGCUUGGACAAGAGCUGUAUUAGGACUUCAGGCAAAUGAAAUCCAUUUGUGUGGCGAAGCAGGUGCCAUUAAUCUCAUAGAAGAAAUUUGUUAUACUACAGGUGAAGAGAUUGAGGUACGAACAUAUAAAAGACUAACGGAACUGAACAUUGAAGACUGCGCAUUGGGAUCACUAGACAAUGUUAAGCCGGGGGAUUGCAUAGUGUGUUUCAAUAAGAAUGACAUAUACAGUGUAAGCAGAGCGAUUGAACAGAGGGGUCAUGAAGUCGCUGUUAUAUAUGGCAGUCUGCCACCUGGCACGAAACUGGCGCAGGCGAAUAAAUUCAACGAUCCGGAGAGCUCCUGCAAGGUGAUGGUUGCAACUGAUGCUAUUGGACUUGGCAUUAAUCUGAGUAUAAGGCGGAUUAUAUUCUACUCCCUAAUUAAACCCGUUAUCAAUGAUGAUGGAGAUAAAGAGAUGGAUGUUAUCAGUAUAUCGCAGGCUUUACAAAUUGCAGGCAGGGCGGGCAGGUACGGCAGCGCUUGGGAGACUGGCUAUGUGACUGCAUACAAGCCGGAGGACAUGGCCACUCUGAAGACAUUGCUUUCUAAGCCUUCGGACCCAGUAACUCAGGCCGGACUCCAUCCCACCGCUGAACAGAUGGAGCUGUACGCGUACCAUCUGCCCCACGCGAGUCUCAGUAGCCUCAUGGACAUCUUCGUGCACCUUUGCACCGUGGACGACUCGCUGUACUUCAUGUGCAACACGGAGGCGUUCAAGUUCCUGGCGGAGAUGAUCCAGCACGUGCCGUUGCCCCUGCGCGCCCGCUACGUGUUCUGCUGCGCGCCGAUCAACAACAAGCUGCCGUUCGUCUGCGCCACCUUCCUCAAGAUGGUACGCCAGUACAGCAGAAGCGAGCCGAUCACGAAGAACUGGCUCAGUAAUGCUGUUGACUGGCCGAUGCCCUCGCCGAAGACGAUAAUGGACCUCGUGCAUCUGGAGGCGGUCUUCGAUAUCCUCGAGCUUUACCUGUGGCUGAGCUACCGAUUCCCGGACAUGUUCCCGGACGUUAAGCUGGUCCGCGAAAUGGAGAACGAGCUGGACGCAAUAAUACAGCAGGGCAUCUUCCAAAUAACCAGGUUGCUAAGGAACUCUGAGCAGGUCCUCAAGGAGGGUAAUGAUGUGGAGGCGUUCGGGCGCGGGAAAAAGGCGACGAGGCUGUCACAGCCUCACUCCAGGGGCGACGAGCCCAAAGGCAAGCUGUCGGACAUGCUCGUCGCGAAAGGUCUGAUCACACCACAGAUGUUGAAGAAACUCCAGCAGGAGCUUUCGACCGACAACAGCGAGAGAGGCAGAAAGAAAACCACUACUAGACAUAGAAGAAAA